AUGGACAUGAGUAAGGAUGAAUCACUGGAUUAUGUGCCCAUGUCUGACAUGAAGGGUGAAAUCAAAUAUGUAGACAUUGAUUCUUCCAAUUAUGGCACGACCUAUGAGCUGGACAGCUAUUCGCCAUCAGGUUCAGAAAAAGUAACCUUGAUCAGCGAGUCUCCUCUCCUCAGUUAUAUUGAUCUUGUUGGAGUUAGCUUCCAAGUGGCUAAGGGAAUGGAGUUCUUAGCUUCUAAAAACUGUGUGCACCGUGAUCUGGCUGCAAGAAACGUACUGAUCUGCGAAGGGAAACUGGUGAAGAUCUGUGACUUCGGCUUAGCGAGGGACAUCAUGCGGGAUUCAAAUUAUAUUUCCAAAGGGAAUACCUUCUUGCCUUUGAAAUGGAUGGCCCCUGAGAGCAUCUUCAAUAACCUCUACACUACCUUAAGUGAUGUGUGGUCUUUUGGGAUUCUUCUAUGGGAAAUAUUCACUCUAGGUGGGACUCCAUAUCCUGAACUGCCUAUGAACGAGCAAUUCUAUAAUGCUAUUAAACGUGGCUACCGGAUGUCCAAACCUACCCAUGCAUCCAAUGAAAUCUAUGAAAUUAUGCAGAAAUGCUGGGAAGAGAAGUUUGAGAUCCGACCAUCUUUCUUUCAACUGGUAGUGCUUAUGGGGAACCUGCUAACAGACAGCUACAAGAAGAAGUAUCAACAGGUCAAUGAAGAAUUCUUGAAAAGUGAUCACCCGGCUAUUGUGCGUAUCAGGCCCAGGAACACAGGAUUCAGUGCUUCUAGAUCCACUGCAAGUGACAGUGUCAGUUCAAGUUCUGUCCUCUAUGCAGCUGUGGAGCAGAAUGGAGUGGACAAUGAUUAUAUCAUUCCUUUGCCUGAUCUUAAACCAGAGGCAGACAGUAAUAAUCCUCCGGAGGCCUCUAGCAGCAGAGCAAGUUCAACCCUGAAUGAAGCAAACACAUCAUCUACUAUAUCUUGUGACAGUCCUUUAGGCCCUGAGCAAGAAGAAGAAGAAGAAGAAGAACAAGCAUCUGAGUUAAAGCCAGAUUGCUAG